CUUUUUUUUACAUGGAAAGCGAGGAGAGAGAAAGAGGGAAAAAGUGAAUAAAAAGAGUUUCAUAUCGGUUUCUCUCUCUCUCUGCAACUUUCGAGCUCUUGUUUUCUCGUUCCAGCUAAGGUCUGCCCUAUCUCUCUCUCACUCACUUUUUAGCAGAAUCCUUUCUUUUUUGCGGGUUUAUUCUCAAGACAAAAAAUUGGCAAUUCUUCAGCCACUGAUACUUCAACUUCUUCAGUACCCACUGCAGUAAUUUCUGAUUUAUGCACUGGCUAUGCGGAGUUUCUAUAAUCCAGAAAAAGAGUUGGAUUGAAAAGAAUGGUUUACAUUAGAUCUGUAGGGACUUGCUUCAGUUUGGAGAUCCUGUUGUUUUUUGCCUUAAUUUACACAGCCAGAAUUUCCCAGGGAUACACCAUUCCUGGUGAUGGAGGUCAAUUAGUUCGGCCGUAUUGUCUAUUUGACAAAACUAGUGAUAAUCCUCACCACAUUAACAUAUCUGUUUUGCCAUUUGCUGGACUAGUUAAUGCUAUAAAUGGGUUAUACCUUUCAUUGGGAUCACCUACUCUACCUGGGUGGGUUAGCAGUGGUGGAGACCCUUGUGCUGAACUUUGGCAAGGUGUCGAGUGUGAUGCCUCCUCCAUAAGCUCAAUAACACUGAUUGCGGCUAAUUUGGGCGGUGAGUUGGGAGACAGUCUCGCGAAAUUUUCUUCUAUCAAGUCCAUAACGCUCAAUAAUAACUUUAUCAAUGGUAGCAUUCCAUCCGCGUUGCCGGCUUCAUUGGUCAACAUUUUUCUUUCAGAUAACAAGCUGACUGGAAGUAUACCUACUUCUCUUUCGUCUCUAACUCAGUUACAAGCCAUGUCCCUUAACAACAACGAGUUAACUGGAGAAAUUCCUGAUGCUUUUGAGUCCCUUCCAGAUUUGGUUAACUUAGACUUGUCGAAUAACAGUUUGAGCGGACAGUUGCCACCUUCUACCAGAAGCUUGUCGUCUCUUGCUACUCUUCAUUUGCAGAAUAACCAGCUAUCUGGAACUCUCGAUGUGUUACAAGAUCUUCCUCUUCAAGAUCUAGAUAUACAGAACAACCUAUUUUCUGGACCAGUACCUCCAAAGUUGUUGAGCAUACCCAACUUCAGGAGUGAGGGGAAUCCAUUGAACUCGAGCAUUGUCCCAUCACCAUCCGAACCGGGACCACAAUCACCGAUUGAGCCGUUUUUCCCUUCACCAAGCUCGGACCAAAGACCUGCCGCACCGGGCCGUCGGCAUCCCCCUAGGCCAGCAUACGGGCCGUCGUCAGCCACCCCGGCAGAAGGAGAGGAAUCAAACUCAGGAAGGUCCUCGAGAAGGAGAAAGAUUGUGUGGAUAAGCAUUGCAGCUGUGCUGUCUUUUGUAAUACUCAUCCUCGCCAUUCUACUCUUCCUGCCGCCAUGUCUCAGGAAAACAAGGGAAGCAUACAACAGCAGAGCCCCAAAGAGGCACGAGAUUGCACCCUACAGGGAAAAUCAUCCUAGAGACAACACUGCUCCUUUGGUCCUACCCAACCCUCACCAAGACAAAGCUGUCCCAGUGGGUGUUGCCCGAACGAAGGAAGAAAACCAGCAAAGAGCAGUAGCCAGCUCAAUACCUAAACCUCAAACAGAAGAUGUAAGAAAACAACAGACAAGUGAAGCAGCUCCACCGCCACCAGAAAAACGAAGGAAUCCUUACGAACUUGACAUCAGCCGUUUUGACAUUGACAGCAUGCUGCCGCCACCGCCACCGCCACCGCCACCGCCACCACCACCACCUCCGACACCACCACCGCCACCUCAUACUCCAAUUGUAACAGCCGCAAGCAGCAGAACGAAAACUUUUGUCAAGGCUUACUCCAUAGCAUAUCUUCAGCAGUAUACCAACAGCUUUUCACAGGACAAUCUUGUCGGGGGUGGAAUGCUCGGGAACGUGUAUCGAGCGGAGCUUCCUCACGGACAGUUGCUUGCGGUCAAGAAGCUGGACAAGAGAGUGGCAAACCAACUCAAGGACGAGCAGUUUAUGGAGCUGAUUGACGGUCUUGAUAAGAUUCGUCAUGCGAAUGUGGUAAAGCUCAUGGGUUACUGCUCGGAGCACGGGCAGAGGCUUCUUGUGUAUGAGUACUGCACUAAUGGGACACUACAGGAAGCCCUUCACACGGAUUAUGAAUUCAAGAGAAAUCUGUCAUGGAAUAUUCGCAUCAGGAUGGCACUUGGAGCUGCAAGAGCAUUAGAGUAUCUGCAUGAGAUCUGUGAACCACCCAUAAUCCACCGAAAUUUCAAAUCUGCAAAUGUUCUCCUCGAUGAUGAACUUGCUGUCCUUGUUUCUGAUUGUGGUCUAGCUCCUUUGAUUUUGUCCGGAGCUGUUAGCCAGUUGUCAGGACAGCUUCUCACGACAUAUGGUUAUGGUGCCCCUGAGUUUGAGUCAGGAGUAUACACUACUAAGAGUGAUGUAUACAGUUUUGGAGUGGUGAUGCUGGAACUCUUAACGGGAAGAAUGUCAUACGACAAGUCGCGGACUCGAGGAGAGCAGUUUCUGGUGAGAUGGGCAAUCCCUCAGCUUCAUGAUAUUGAUGCUUUGUCGAGAAUGGUUGAUCCAGCUCUUGGUGGCAAGUAUCCUGUUAAAUCAUUAUCACACUUUGCUGACAUUAUAUCACGUUGUGUGCUGGCUGAUCCGGAAUUUAGGCCACCGAUGUCUGAAGUGGUGCAAGACCUUAUGCAACUGAUACGGAGGGAAUCUCCACAUAGAUCAGAUGACGACUAACUUAGAUAUUAUAUAUUUAUGAACCUCACUACCAUUGGUAAUUGGUCACUUGGUGCAAGAAUUUUGGACAUCUUGAGAAUAUGCAGCUUGAGGGAAAAAAUCAGCUGCACAAUUGAUGCUUUGACCAGAAGGAUGUUUAUAUCGGAAUCAGUACUUGGUCCUCCAGUUUGAGAUCUGCUGUCCUUAUUUUUACCAGUGGUCUGUGUUUGUGCAAUUCUAAUAUUCAUUUGGAGUUGGAUUAAAGUAACCCAAUUAUUGAAUCAUUGUCAUUUACUAGUGUGAAAAUUCUCUAUGCAUUAUAUGUUUAUCAUUCGUAAUUCUUUUGUACGAUACCAACUGCUUUCUCUUGGCAAAGUGACGGUUUUGAUUUUGUUCGUCCAAAGGGAACCCUUCAACUUGUAGUGUAUGGUUGUGGAUUAAUAACUAAGAGUGGUGGUUUUGUGGCCAAUUUGAAUGAUGAAC